AUGUCUAACCCAAAUACUAUUGAGCUUAUUAGACAGAUCUUAUCAAAUCCCCAAUUUCAAGCAGCCCUAGCCACCAUCUCAGUGCCGGAAAAUCAAGCUGCUCCACCGGUGCCGUCCCUACCUGCUCCUAUGACAACUCCAGCAACAGCAAGCGGACACGCUCCACCACCGGUGUCUCAAACACCGGAAGUCUCCAAAGCGGUGCUGAAUCCGGCGCCCAUUUCUACAAUCGAGCACUCUGCCGAUUCACCGGUCGAAAAACCGGCGAAGCAAGGAGAACCUGAAAAACCCUCAAAUAAACGCAAGAAGAAGGGGGCCGAAACCUCUAGGCCCAAGCUCAAGGCGGUACGGAGGUCAAAUCGAAUCCCCACUCAACCUAGGGUUUCAAAACCCGGACCCCCGAAGAUGGUGUUGCUUGACGAAUCAGAAGACGACGUACCUCCAGCCAAGCAAGCACGGACGUCUGAGCCGACGGUAGAAACCUCCACUGCUGAUGAAGAAUCUGCUGCUCCAACAGAGGAGACCGCAGAACCCACAGCCCCUUCUCCGGUGCAAUCCCUUGAUACUCUGCUCAACGAGGCUGAAGCAGAGGUAGCAGCGGAGAAUCCUUCUGACGACGACACACUUCUCACUGAGGUGUUGACAAAGCUCAAACGGAAAGCCAUUCGUGAGGGAAAGAUGAAGGCUACCACCUCGGCUGCGCCCACAGCACCAGAUGCCACAGAGUCGGAGGAAGAAGACAUGGACGUAGAAGACGAGGAACUUGAAGGCUCCGACAUGGAGGCUAGCAAAGCUUUCAAGGAUUUCUUCUACACUGCUGCAGCUGCGAAGGCGUGGACAACUGUCAAGGACAUGGAGUGCUAUGGUGAGCGGAACAUCGAGCAAGACUCAUUCAAAGUGCUCAAUCUGGUGGAAUUCUUCAAAUCUCGCCAUCUGUUCAAGUCCGUGACGGAGGUAGUGCCGUUUGUUAAAACAGUGGUGCAGCUGGUGUAUAGCAACUUGACAGCCGAUUUCGGAAACCCAAAGUCCAGGAAGUACGGGAAAGCUUUUUACAGAAACACGGUCUUUAAUUUGACGCCUUCGGUCAUCAAUGGAAUUCUUGGCACGCCGGAUGUGAAGCCCACAGCAGUAAAGAACAUGGACAAAGUGGCCUCAGUCAUCACUGGUGGGAAAGUGCGGAAAUGGUUAAAGCCGAUGAAAUCAUCCACCUUGUCCUAUCUGUAUUCUGCCUUGUUCAAGAUCAUGACCAUGAACUGGAUCGUGUCAACCAACUCCACGGUGGUUACACAACAGCAUGGCAUACUUCUCUAUUGCAUUGGAGAAGGAUUGCCAUUUAAUCUAGGUCAGGUGAUCUUUGAUCAAAUUGCCGCUUCUUCUCAAUUGUCGGGGUUGCCGUUCCCUUCUUUGAUUUUCAGGGCACUUCGGGGUCAAGGUGUACAGGUGAAAGCGUCUGCCAAGAGGGAGGUCAUUCAUGAGUAUGCGCUUACAAGCAUGCUCUUUAGCGAGGGCAAAGUUGCUGAUCUGCCCUGGGUUAAUCCAGUUGCUGCUCCCUCUGUUGAGGACACUACCAUGAUCACAAUCCCUAAGGCAACAUUGCAGGCCCUGUUGCAGCAUAUCGACGAAUUGGAGAACAACCUUCUGCAAGCCCGAAGAAUUCAGGGGGAGUCAUCGUCAAUCCUGAAUAAAGCCAAAGGACAGUUAACUGCCCUCCUUUCUUCCCAAAAAGGGGGAGAAGAUGCUGCUGCUGCUGCUGAUGCUGCUGAGGGAACAGGAGAGAGGAGAUCACAUCAAGGGGGAGAAGUGGUUGGACCGAGUCAAGAAAUGAUGGAAGACGUGAAGGAUGAAGGAGGAAAAGAAGGAACAAAUUCUGUUGAGAAAAGGAAGGAACAAGUGGAGAUAAAGAGAGAGAGAAAGGAGCGUGUGGCAGCUCCUAAAAUCAAGGAAGAAGUGGACUAA